ACGAACACAUCAAUCUGGGUGCACGUUCCUGAACUUGAACACAGGACUGUGCGCUGGUCACUGGAGUCUUUGCCAAAGUGGAGUUGAGUGCAGUUGGGAAGUUCGUGCUGGAACGCCGUCCCAGAGACUACUGGGCAAAGUUGAUUCCAAGUAACGCCACCGGGAAGAGCUACUUGUUUCACUGGACAGAGUCUUAUGUUCCACUUACUGAAGUGAACCUCACUCCUGUGGCCUCCUGGAUUGUCACCUGGAAAUCUCAGCUUUAAAGCCACCGUCUCUCUCUGCACAGCAGUUGCUGUAUUGCAUUGAAAUGAUCCAUAACACCUUAAAAUCUACACAGCUGCUGGAGCACAGCCCCUUGAGGUCACGCUCAGCUGCGCUAAGGAAGUUGUGGAGAUACUCGGGGUGCAGAGGGGCCGGCCAAGAGGAAGGUCAGCGUCGCAGUGUGUGUGUGCUGUCCGCGGAUCUGAAUGCCGGAGAAGGAGGAAGAGGAGGAGGCGGAGGGGUCAUGCACACUAUUCACGGGCUUUGUCACCUCUGCAUCGGAUGCAGACUGCCUCAGGUGACUAUCCUUCGAGGGAAGGAUGGAUACGGCUUCACCAUCUGCUGUGAUUCUCCUGUGAGGGUGCAGGCUGUUGAUCCAGGGGGUCCAGCAGAUCAAGCAGGUCUGCAGCAGUUGGACACUCUCCUGCAGCUGAAUGGUCAGCCAGUGGAACAGUGGAAAUGUGUGGACUUGGCCCAUGCUAUCAGAAACAGUGCCGAUGAAAUCACAGUGGUGGUGUGGCGCACCGGGCCCUCGGCCAAACCAAAUUUUGAAGGGCUCAUCCAUCGACCUUCUUACAAGCCCUCCACUUCAAACUACGACACCCCUUCACCUCCUACCCACAGCUGUGCACCAGAUGCAAGCAGCAAAACACCUCCAGCCGUGCCACCGCUACCAGCGCACCAUCGUGCCACUGGUGCCCGACGACUGCUGGUCAACGGGUCUGAUGCUGGAAACAGCAGAGGUGUGGGCUUAGGGACCCUGGGGUGGGGGGCCCAGGGCGGGUCGUCCGAGGAGCUGGAUGGAACGCCGCGCCUCCUCCACCACCCCCACACUGCCACCCUGAAGGGCACCAGGGUGAAAGCAUCCAACGGGGACAACUACAUCAUCCUGGCUCCGAUUAACCCUGGAAGCCAGAUCUUGAGGCCUGUUUACCAAGACACCCAGGGAACAUUAGCUGCCAGGUUGUACCCCACGCGGCAGGCCUCUGCUGCACAGCCACAGGGUGGAGCUGGGACUGUUGGCGGUGGCUUCUCCAGUCGUACUUCUUUCUUGCGUCGCUCAAACAACUCAAAGACAGCAAAGACACCUUCCUCCUCCACAAACACCGGCCCAAAUAACUACCAACUUCAGAAUGCCAACUUUGCCAAUUACCAGAACUGCACCAUCGUCCACUCUCACACGCCACAAGCCAACUAUGGAUAUGUCAAAGUGGCACCCAAGAUCCUUAUCUUCCCCAUCUUUGUUCAGCCACUUGACCUGUGCAGCCGGAAUCUCAUUAUAUCUGAGGAAAUGAUACUCCACGAGAGCAAGCACCACUCUCUCAAGGUUACGGUCUUUAUUUACAACGACCUGAUGCUUGUAACGAGAGAAGAUGAGCCAGGCAGAUGUAAUGUCCUUCAGAGUCCACUGUACCUACGACAUCUUCGGCUCCAGGACGAUUAUGUUGAAGAACUGCGAUUCUAUCUCAUUCACAUGACAGAGAAGUGUGACUGCCUGCUCAGUCUGGAAGCCUAUUCAGCAGAUCAGAAGCGACGUGUGUGUCAGUACCUGAAGGACAACAUAGACAAGCAGCUCCAGCUUCACAGGAGGGAGCCUCACAUUCCACAUUUCCAGCAGAUGUUGGAGCCGAAGGUAGAUGCUCCUUCGUGUGAGCUCGGCAGAGCAGGAGGCAAUCAAGGAGGUGUGGGCCUCCAUCUGCCCCCCCACAGCUCAGAAGGUGACGAAAGCAGCCUGUACCCUUCCAGCCCUUCAGAACCACCGAACCUCAGCAGCCCUCACCCUUCAGAGCCGCUCACCCCGUUGGAUGAGGUGUACAUGCCCCUCGGGGAUCUGGAAGGAUCUGAGGAGUGCCAUAAGGUGCCGCCCGCGCCACCUCCUUCCACCGAAGGAGAGGACUGCAAGAGCAUGGAGGACCACGAGAUGGAUUUCUGGGCAAUGCAGAAGACCGGGCAGGAGAGCGGUGACAAUAACGAGGAUGAGGACGCGGCUAGUAGGAAGAGUUUGGGGAGUGAGGAGGCAGAAAGAGAGGAAGGAGGUGAGCAGGAAGAGGAGAGGACUGAAGUGGAGGUGAACCAAAACCUGGUGAUGUCCAACACAGAUGAGGACAACGCCUCGGAACCGCCCGACGCCCCACCGUCCUCCUCCUCAUCUUCGUUUGUCAUCCCCGAGCUUCGCCUCGAUCGCUCUUUCAGCGCUGACGCCCUCUCGUCCCCCAAUACCGACGAAGAAGAGUACGACGAUGACGACGACGACGAUGAAUCUGAAGAGGACUACGAGGACGACAGCGAUGACGCCUACCUGCAGCGCAGCGACAGCAAGCGGCGUAGCAUGGUCGAGGGCGCCACCUGUGACAAGCAUGGCGGCGGGAGACUGAGCGUGCAGAACUCUCUGCGUCGGCGCACGCAUAGCGAAGGAAGCCUCCUGCAGGACCCCCGCACGCCUUGCUUCACUUCUGACAACGCCAUCAACUGCCUGGAGGCCGGCGGAGGCCAUCAUAAGGGCGGCUGGACUCUCCCAUCACCCAAAACCUUAAAGAAAGAGCUGACCAAGAACGGAGGCUCUGUGCAUCAGCUGUGUAUGCUGUUCUCUGGAAGGAAGAUGAGUGCCGGGUCCCACUGUAGCUGCAAGGUUGGCCCUGACGGGAUUAAAAAGAAGAAAUCCAAGAACCUGGCUAAAGACAUGAAAAACCGGCUGGCCUUCCUGCGGAGGAGGAACGAAUCCCCAGGAAGUAACGCAGCCGGCAAGUUAGACAAAACCAUGAAGUCAGUCAAGCCCACCCCAGAGGAGGCGCUCAAAUGGGGGGAUUCACUCGACAAACUGCUGGCACACAAAUAUGGUCUGGCAGCUUUCAGAGCUUUCCUGCGCACCGAGUUCAGCGAGGAGAACCUGGAGUUCUGGCUGGCAUGCGAGGAAUACAAGAAGAUCAAGUCGCAGUCCAAGAUGGCAUCCAAAGCCAAGAAAAUCUUUGCAGAAUACAUCGCGAUCCAGUCGUGCAAAGAGGUCAACCUGGAUUCUUACACCAGGGAUCACACCAAGGACAACCUGCAGAACGUCACGCGCUCCUGCUUCGACCUCGCGCAGAGGCGGAUAUAUGGGCUGAUGGAGAAAGACUCAUAUGCCCGCUUCCUCCGCUCAGAACUCUACCUGGACUUGAUCAACCAAAAAAAAGCCAGUUCCACUCCGACUUCGACUACAUCGUAGUCACCAGACCACGCAACGGAGAAAUAACAAAAAAAUGAACAGAAAUUUCCAAUGAUGAGACGAUGACAAAAAGAGGAGAAAAGGGGCGGGCUUGGAGGAAAAGUUGACAUCCUUUGUCUCCUUUUUUAAAAUUUUUGGUGCGUCUGUCGUAUUUGUUGUUAAUGUGUGAGAGGCACUGCAGCAGAAUGUAGUUCGUGCCAGGUGGAUGGGUGAAUGGAUGAACUGAUGAAUGAAUGGAUUAAAAACUCUGGAGCAGGACUUUUCCUGAUCACCUUUUUUUUUUUUAAACAUGUUUAUGUACAUUUUAUGCGGUGUCAAACCCGCAGACAUGAAGACAGUCCGGUACUGUUUUAUCACUUUUUUGUUUCCCUAAUCCCCUUCAGUUUCUCCUUAUGUCUGAAGCCACACCCCCAAGCUGUUGGUACGACACGUGUUUAUCACGUGUCUGUCACGUUCUGUACGACGGAGGCCUAAAAAGAAAAAAAAAAAGGCCCACAUUCAAGAUGACGUCCAUCAGACAGAAUGAAAACUCUGACUGUGGCUUCCUUCUCCACAUGCAUGCCACAUCCUCUCAGCACUUCGGUCUUUCCACUCGAUUCGGCUCCUCUGCAGGCUGUGAGCACCGACAAAGGCAGGAGGAACAGACACGGACUGACGUGAGGGAAUGCAGAUGUCCUCGCAUUAAAAAAAAUGACUGCUUGCAUCGCCUGUUUACAGCACGGAAGAGAGUCGAGACAGAAAACCCAUCCUCAGCACCAAACUGCGUUUCCUUUAAUUCCGUAGCUCAUUGUGGAUCAAACAAGGAAGCAUUCUCAGGACUUUGGUGGGACGGGUUCCAGCUCAGUUUCUACAUGUUCUGUUCUGUUUUAUAUGCUUUAGGGUUCAAACGUGCACUCCUUAGUUCUGCUGAACAAACCACAACAGGUUUCAUAAAUUAAAGAAAAGAAAAAAAACCAUGUUGUGCAGAUGUUAGUUAUUUAGUUGCUGGAAGCUUGGUCAACCCUCACCUCCUCCGUAGCGCUCGGCUUAAAGCUCCUGCUUUCCUCUUAAAACACCAAACAGGUCCAGUGCUGUACUGAACUUUAAGUGCAAUAUACUUUUUUUUUUUGUUAUUAUGUUGUUUUUCAUUUAUUUUAAUACUUUUUAUUGGAAGACGAACAGCUUGAGCUCUGUAUUACCUUUAUUUGUUAAGAGACAUCACAAUAAACGUAGAGCUAUAAGGUUGAUUUGCAGAAUAAACUUUGAAGAAGCCGUAAAUAGUUUAAUGAAUUGUAAGUGAACUAACUGCAUUUUACCCCGGCAGCAGGCCGCCGGGUGGGUGUCUUACGGUUGUAAAUAUAAUUCUUUAAGAAAAGUAUGUGACAACACAUUAAAAAAAAAAGCAGUAGCGAUGUUGCUGGUGAUGAAUGUGGGAGCCGGCUGUAUUUAUGUAAAUAUGUGAGCGACUAAGAGCUAUAAGAGGACAUGUGUUGCUGAAGCAGAGGAGACACAUUCUGUUGUCUUUCCUGGUCAUACACUGCUUGUAAGGAGUUUUCGGAAAUGCAUUUUAUCAUUCUCACUGUUUACAAUUCAAAAUGCAUCUCCUGUGAUAGCAAGUGAAAACAGUAGAGUACAUUUGGUGUCAUUGCUAAUGAUAAAUAAACCAACUGACUGAUGAAAUAAAA